UUUGAUGGAUAUUGCAGAUUACCGAUCGUACAAGGCGGAACGUUCACAUUUCUCCUCCCGACUUUUGCUAUAUUGGGCAUCAGGGGCGAUUGUCCAACCAAAGCUGCCAAUGCAACUGAUGAGGAAAUACAUGCGGAAUUCCGUAGCAGGAUGCAAGAGAUUCAAGGUGCCGUGAUGGUUGCAUCGGUUGUCCAGGUAGUUAUAGGAUUUACUGGAAUAAUGGGAUUUCUACUGCAGUUCAUUGGUCCGUUAGCUAUUGCUCCUACCAUCGGUCUUAUUGGACUGUCUCUCUUCAAGGAAGCUGCUAGACAGGCUUCAGUCCACUGGGGUAUCGCAUGGAUGGUGAUUAUCAUCAUAAUUGUAUUCUCACAAUACUUGGAGCGUUUCCCGAUUCCGUGUCUAGCUUUCAACAAAACCAAAAAGUGUCAUGUCACCAAGUUUCCAAUAUUCAAGUUAUUUCCAAUCAUUUUAGCCAUCUUGAUUGGUUGGUUGUUCUGUUAUAUCUUCACGGUAACGAAUGUAUUUCCCACUGAUUCUGAAGCUUAUGGUUAUGGGGCUCGUACUGAUCUUACUCAGGGGGUCUUAGAUGAGUCACCAUGGUUUGAUUUCCCAUAUCCAGGUCAAUGGGGCGUUCCGAGCGUGACUACCGCUGGAACUCUGGGUAUGCUGGCUGGUGUACUUGCCUCUAUGGUGGAAUCUGUGGGAGACUAUUACGCCUGCGCCAGACUGUCGGGUGCCCCUCCCCCACCUGCUCAUGCAAUCAAUCGUGGUAUUGGAAUGGAGGGUAUCGGGUGCAUUUUGGCGGGAGCCUGGGGCACAGCGAACGGCACUACGUCAUACAGUGAAAAUAUUGGUGCUAUUGGUAUUACCAAGGUGGGAAGCCGUCUUGUCAUCCAAGUUGCUGCAUGUAUUCUAAUGAUCGUGGGAAUCUUUGGCAAGUUUGGUGCCUUUUUCUCCACUAUUCCUGACCCAGUCAUUGGUGGUGUUCUUUCCACAACAUUCGGUAUGGUAAUGGCAGUUGGAAUCUCUAACCUUCAGUUUGUGGACCUCAACUCACCACGGAACCUCUUCAUUGUUGGUUUCUCAUUCUAUGUUGGUAUUGUCAUUCCUGAUUACAUCCUAGAAAAUCCAGAGUCUAUCAACACAGGAAAUGCAACAUUUGACCAAGUUGUAAUGGUUCUGCUGGAGACUAGUAUGUUUGUUGGUGGAGCUGUUGGAUUCUUCCUAGACAAUACGGUACCAGGUACUCCUGAAGAGCGAGGCCUCACAAAAUGGAGAGACAUGUAUGGAAUGGCUGAUGAUGAGGAAGAUGAAGACUUUGUUGAUGCCUCAGAAGAAGUGAUGGAACUCACCCUCAGGUCAUAUGAGAUGCCAUUUGGGAUGAGCUAUAUCAGGAAAUGGAAGUGGGCAAGAUAUCUUCCCUUCAGCCCCACAUUUAAAGGGAUAAAUCUAAAAAAAUACUUUAGGAGAUGCAGGCCAAGAAAAACAAAGAAAGAACAUGAUAUUCCAAUGUCUGAUACUGAAGGAAAUGUUGCAUGAGAUCUACAUCCUUUCUAUCCUACUGUCUUCCAUACCACCGAUGUGACGACUCACGGGUGCAUUGCUUAGUCCUUACUAACUGUAUCGUUGUCCUAAAUGACAUCUACUAAGACUCGAGAGGGCAUUAUCUAAUAACCAUUUUUAUCAUUAAAUGGUGAUCAGGUGACUUAUUAAGGUGAUGAUUAUUUAAGAAUGCAUCAAGAAUGAACUGGAAUAUACAACUUGAGUGCUGCCAGAUAUUUUCCAAAUGUAGAGAAACACCGAGGUGUCAUGAACCAAUAAUAUUGACAGAGCAGGACAUGGUUAGAUAUUGACCUCUUUUAAAUGAAAAUCUAAUUUUGUGAUAGAUUUUGGCUAAUGAAAUUUUAUUCCUUUACUUUUUUUUUUUUUUUUGGGGGGGGGCAAGUGUCCCUAAGCCCUCCCCUAAACACAAGUGAAAGUCACAAAGAAAUUGAACUUUGUUGCAUACAUAUCAUUUGUUUUUUAUGUUUGUUGACUAAGAUUUUGUAAAUAAAAAAUGAUAUAUAAGAUAAGUGUGUUUAUUUGAUCAAUGUAGAAUCUUUUAGACAUUUGUUGAUUUGUAGAAGUUUUGCACUAUUUGUUGAAGAGUGUGAAAAGGUGAAGAGGUAGAUCCAUAUUGAUUUUCAAAUCUUAAAUUUAUUUUACUUUGAAAGGAAUUAUCAUUCUUCUAAAAAUAGGUCUUCAAUAAUCCUACAGAAUUUGGCAAAAUGAACAGGACUAAAUGUUUUUUACAUUUAUUUGUAUGGCUGCACAGUAUUUUGUAGGAUUAGUAUUUUUUUGUAAAAUGAUUCAAUUACACAUGUAUGCAUUUUCUUUGUUAAGGUAAUAUGGUGGUAUCAUAUAUAUAUAUAUAUCAUAGUAGGGAUAGUUGUAUUAUACAUUUUGUUGUAGAGUAUCUUCCUCAUUAAGCUCUAAGAAAGGUCACUUGUGCUUUUAAUUUUAUUAGUUAUAUUAUUUAUAUUUAAUAUUUACCUGACGGCAUUCACUGCCAUGUACAAUACAAUAUGUAUACACAAAUUAUAAACAUAUUAUAGGACCAAAGAGUACUUAUUAAAACGUACUUCACAGCCGUUAAUGUAAAAUAGAAUUUAUCAUUUUAAAUGUUCAUUACAAAAACUGCAAGAGUCAUGCAAUUUAUCUUAGUGCAUGUAGUUAUCCAUAUAAUAUGUAAUAAAUUAUGAUCCUAUUAAAUCUUAUGACAAAAAACAAAAAGACAGGCUUAAAAAUAUUAUAUAUAUCAAUAUAUAAAAUUCAAUAGUGAAUAAUUUCUGGGUUUCCCCUAAAAUCAGGAUAGGGGGAAAUAAGAAAAUUCAUGUAAAUAAGAAUAUAAGACUAAGACAAAUGGUAAUAAGACAAUGGUUUACAAAUGAAAACAAGGUGAAUCAUGAGUCUCGCCUGAUAUCGUGAUCGAUAAAAUAUGCAGUAAGAUCGUUUGACCUUAUCGUCCUCAUCGACACAUGUGUGGUAUUACCCAAUGGUUAUUUGUACCAAAUGUAAAAAUGUAGAAAUUAGAGCAGUUUGAACGAAAACUUGACCUUUUGACCUAGAUGACCUUUGACCCCAUCACUCUCAUGGACACACAUGUGAUAUUACCCUGGGGUCAUAUGAACCAAGCAUCAACAUAAUUGAUGCAGAAAUAAAAGCAAGUUGAACAAAAAAUUUAACAUUAUCAUUUGAGCUUUUGACCCCAUCAUCCUCAUGGACGCACAUGUGGUAUUACCCAAGGAUCAUAUGUACCAAGUGUCAACAUAAUUGAUGCAGAAAUUAAGAAAUGAGAGCAAGUUGAACAAAAACUUGAUUAUCAUUUGACCUUUUUACCCCUAUGUAAUCUUUGACCCCAUCACCCUCAUGGACACAUGUGGUAGUACCCUAUGAUCAUAAUGUACGAAGUCUCAACAUUAUUGAUGCAGAAAUAAAGAAAUGAGAGCAAAUUGAACAAAACUUUUAACAUUUUUGGAACAGACAUGGCCUCAUAUUAUUUGACCUUUUGACCCCUAGAUGAACUUUGACCCCAUCACCCUCCCGGACACAGAUGUGGUAUUAACCAAGGAUCAUAUGCACCAAGUAUGAACUUAAUUGGUGCAGAAAUAAAGUAAUGAGAGCAAAUUGAACAAUAAUUAUCACUUUUCCUGUUAAGUCUGUUCGAACAGACUAACAGGAAAGGUGAUUACUACUACUAUGUCUCUACCGAACUUCAUUCAGGCGAGACACAAAACUAUGUACUAUGUGUGUAUCAUGUUGGAUUACAAUCAAUAAUUGCUACAUAAUUGAUAUAUAUACUUCCAUCAAUAUUUGUUUACUGUA